AUGGGAAGUAGAAACUCGUGUUUUCUUGAAAGCGGAUACUAUGACUUAUUGUACUCAGUGCAGACAGCCGUCCAAUAUACAAUCUCCCAGUACGAGUCUCCGUUGAAACUGGAAAAGGUUCGCCUCAAAUAUGAAGUACUUGAUGGCUGCUCCAAUCGUGAUAAAGCUCGCGGCCUGCAACUCAUCCGUGCUCUUGAUGAGAUGAAAAACUACUCUGAAACUGCCCGUUCCUGGUCUGUCUUACUUGGACCGCCACUGGGAGGUGACUGCAACAUCGUCUCAGACUGGAUAUCUAAUAACGUCAUCGGCUACGACACCCACCACAGCCUAUAUCAGGUGUCGUACGUCUGUAGGUUGGAGUUCUUGGGCAGGCAAUUUUCCCAGGUGGAUCGUCCGUUGGUCCAUGAGAGCACGGAUCUAAAUCUGGCAUCAGUUUCUAUGACCGUUCAGACCACUCCCUUCGCAAAUAUGUUUAAAAUGUUUUUGCGUUUUCACGGUUGGCAGGACAUAAUUAUCAUCUACGAGGUCAGCGAGCAGCGAAUACAAAAUCAUGUGUUCGUCGAAUCUUUGCGAAUGUACCUGGCCUACUCUCAAGAAAACACAGCUUCACCACGCAUUGUCGGAGUUUUUGCACUUCAAUGUUCCGCAGAGUCUGUAUCGAAUUAUUUUUCCAAAGGGAUUAACGUUGACGUCAUUGUAGUGAUCGCCAGGCCAAUUAUGACCUUGAAUUUCCUGAGAAAUAUGAAGUCAUCGAAAAUCCUUAGCUCUGGUAAGGUCGCUGUUGUACAGUUUGAUCCUCCUUCCUCAAACGUCUACGACACGCUGCGCGCCUGGCGUUUGGCCAUGAGUUUCGAAAUGGAAAUUGGCGAAUCAGGGCUAUGCCUUUUCAUCUUGAACACAAGUCCUGCCGGAUCCGGAUUUAACUUUUCGUCCACAUAUUUGGAUUCGCAUCUGGAUAUCACCCUUGCAUCUGCGGCCUCUCUAGCCAUAAGAAUGGCCCAAUUGCUCCUUGACUAUGGAAACGGCAGCAUUCCAAACAAUACUAACUUCUUCCGACCGUUGGCAGAACCCCUCAUUCGAGUGCCCACCCUUCCGGGUAUUACUUUCAGCCUCGGCCAAUGGGGCACACAUUUUUUUAACUACUACGACUUCUACCUUUUCCGUAUCCAAGGCGACCUCCUUUUCAAUACCAGCCAGAAAGUGGCCACAGCAAAGUGGGAGGACAUUUACCAGUUGGAGGGUAUGAUCCUGGCAGGCACAAACAUUGUUCAGGAAUGCACCCCGAGGCGAUGGCCCAGUAAUGGCUCUGGCCCAGGGGUCAACUACUGCAUGCUGACUGUUUGCGAAGAUGGGAACGGUGAUGGCCUUCGUAAUGAUCGCCCAAUGCGUAUCAACUAUAAUCUUCUUCGUGACCGUGAAAAGUCAUUUUAG